AUGUGCUGCGUCCUUCAGGGUGCCGAGAGAGUGUUUCCCUCCGCCGGCAACGGGGGGAAACACGGGACGGGAACGGGGAGCGGUAAGGGCGCCGGUGGCACCCCCGUAGGCACCCAGGAUCUACCCCUCGAAUCGCUCUGGGCGGCCGGCCUGGACGAGGGGAUGGGGUUUCCGCAGAGGUGCUCCUACGCGAAUCAGCACACUACCCUCGUCGCGACCUCUGCUACGAACCACACGUCUCCCGCGAACCCCGAUGAUCUCUGGAGAGAGAGAAACCUCCCUCAUAGAACGCCCACGACCUCCACGGGGAUCGGUUCCUCGAUCACGGAUGAGAUAUGGACGUCGGCAAACGAGCGGCGCUUCUGCCGCACGUCGACCACUUCGACCGGCAUCGGCUCGUCCUUGAAUCUACACGAGAACAAUCGUUCGCUGGAGUCGCGCGACGGCGACUUUUACUCCACGGAUAUCGAGGAUUCCAAGGACACGUCCUAUCGAAGAUAUUAUCCGACCACACCGACCACCUCCGGUCUGGGUUCGUCCUCGGACCGGCAAUCCGUAGAGACGCAGUGCGGUUCCCGGGAUCUGCCGGAUCAUCUCUGGGCGGCCGCGAUGGAGGACGGUUUUUCGCGCUUCAACGCCAUGAAGUCCCUGCAGACGAUCACGCGUCAACCCCGUCCGAAUCACGAUUGGGUAAAGACCGAACGGAUCUCCAGAUUCACCAAGCAUCGCACGAUCAGCCAGUCGCCGCAGCGCGAACAAGAGAUCUGGACGUCUAAGCUGAAUGAGAGCGCCGUGGUCUCCGGUUACGCCACGCAAAGAAAUCCGCACAAGUGUCACCAUCAGGCACGCAGAAGCUUCUCCACAUCGAUCGUCGCAGACCUCGCCAUCACGCCGGACGGGUCUCAGCAGAGCCUCGGCAGCGGCGAGUUUCUGGAGUUGGAGAGGAGUUAUACGCUCUCGACCCCGGGGGGUAGCAGCCCCGUUUGUUGUCCGCCUUGCAGCCCGCCACCCGCGCCGGCCGCAUACAUAUCGAGCGCGCGCGCAUCCUCGCGUAGACUCGCCGGAAGUGGCCUCGGCGGGCCCACAUCCCCGGAAAGGGAUCCCCUGGGAAGACUGUUAAGAUUCCUGAAGACCUUCUAUAGGGAGCUGGGCACUCGCGACCCACCUCACCUGCCAUCAUGGGCCUCCCCGCUUCCGCUCGGUACCCUAUGUCCGGCGCACUUUCAACCGCAUUUGCAAUUGGUGCAUAAAAGCGAGCAGGAGCAUCGUUUAGAGAACAUCAAACCCGACCAGAUCUUCGCCCCCGUCAGACUAAGCGACGGCACCGUAUCCGAGGCGCCGCGGCGGGUCGCCGUCGAGGGUGGUCCAGGGAGCGGGCGGACCACUCUCUGUCUGCGACUACUUCAUCAGUGGGCGACCCAGAGCGACGGUCCCGCUUUGGCCUUUAUCGUGCCGCUGCGCGAACUUCGCGGCAGUCCAGUCCUAAAUUAUCUCGCGCGAGAAUUGUUCCCGAGAACGGCCGCGUUGGGCGAUGCGGUCGCCCAUGUCUGGCGCACGUUGCAUUUGAUGGAGGACCGUGUGCUCUUCGUUCUGGACGGUUACGAUGAGUGCGUGGGCGGCCGAGCGUCUCUCGGCGACGCGGCCGAUCUGCUGGAGGGUCGACUGUUCCCGGACGCGAGGAUCCUGGUCACGUGCUCGCCCAGCAACUCGACCGCCCUCGCGCCCUUGGUCCAGCGCAGGAUCCAUCUGGCCGGUCUCGAAUGGCCACACGUUGAGCGACUUUGCGUAGCCUACUUUAUUCACAAUGACAUUGCCGAGAAGGCCUGCGAAUUCCUUGAGGCGCUCAAUGUACAACCGCAAUCCAUUAGGCAACUCGGCCAGCAUCCGCUCGGGUGGAUCAUGCUCUGCUGCCUAUAUCAGGAUUCCGGAAGUCUACCAACCGAGACAAGCGCUCUCGUACAAGCGGCGGUCAAGUGCAUCGUGAAGAGGAGCUUAGAUCCGCCGAUUCCCUAUAACGAAGAGAUCCCGGGGCACUGCAGGAAGCGCCUCGAGGACUUCGGCAAGGUGUCCCUGGCCGCUCUACGGGAAAACAGAUGCUGUUAUACGGAAGCCGAAUUGAGGGCGCGAGGCGGCGGAAUUGAGGUCACGCGGCUCGGCUUCCUGACCAGGGGAUUAACUUUUGGCCAGAGACGCAAACCUGAUCUCUACACGCCAAUUCACACGGCGGUAGCGGAGUUCCUGGCGGCGUACUAUCUCACUUCAGUGGCGCAAUAUGCCAAUAUUCUGCGCCGCGAAUUAGAGGGUCUGCCCUCGGGCAUCAUCGGUCACCUGGCCGGCCUGCUUGGUCCCAAGACCCACUUAAUCCUGAACCAAUUAUGCCCGUUGGAAGUGCCACCUAGAGCUGUGUUCUCGUUGUUAAAGGCGGCCGGCGCGUCCGAUGGCAACAUCUCGGCGGUCUGCCGAUUAGUCGGGGCAGGUCCUGGUUUCGGGCCCGCGCCCAACGAACGACCACCGGCCCCGCUAGUUCAUACGUCUCCCUUAGAGCUAGAGGGAUGGGCCAGGAUUCUCGAAAGUCCCGCUUGCACGCUCGAAGCGCUCGAGGUAGUGUUUCAAGUGGAACGAGGAUCCGAUCCCCGAUAUCUCGACGACUUCUUCGACGCUCUCGCUAGCAACGAGAGCGUCAAACUUGUCAGGAUCACGUCUCUGCUGGGACAAGAAUUCCCGGCGGACGAGGCGCAACGAUUGGCCGGACACCUGAAGAGCGUGCUCGGCAAAAAGAAGCUCAACGACUUCGAGCUUGUCAUCACUUGUCUCGAGGAGGCGGCCCAUGAUAGACUGGAGUGCGUGGUGAACGCUCUUUGUCGCGGCCUGAACCACGCCUCCGGCAGCCUGUCACGACUGGUGCUCGACAUGAAUCUGUCCGGCGAGCAAGUGUCCCGGGUCUGCGAGGCACUUCGCGGCUGCAUUCAAGUGCAGGCGCUGCACUUGCCCCAUUUAGGCUGCGGAUGCGAGGGCCUCGCCUCGGUGGCCGAGCUGCUGAAGGAACGGCCGCUGCUGGCGCUCAACCUGGCUGGCAGCUGGGGCGCCAAGAACGAGGAUCCGUCCAGCUCUGGCAUCAGUAUGGGUUCAGGUUCCGGUUCUGGUUCCGGAAGCAGCGGCUGUGCCUCCAGCACCCUCGGCACCCUACCGUUGAACCGUUGCUACUCGUCUUUGCCCAGAGGCGCAUUGGCGGCCUAUGGCAGUCUCACAAGACCCGCUACCCUGCCGCGUCUUCCUUUGGGUCUUGGCCUAGGCCCGGCACCCGGUACUGGUAACGGGCCGCUACCGCAAAACGAUCGGGAUCGAGACAGCAAUGGUAGCAGCAAACGUAAUAGCGACAGCGUGCUCUGCCAUCGGCUACCCCUGUUACACCCUCUGCCUACUUGCGACGUUAGCAGCCACCAGGGUACCGGCUUUCACGAGAUAUUCAACGCUAUCAGAGAACCAAACUGCAAGUUAAGGUCUCUGAACGUGUCCAAGUGUCUUCUAGGCGGCUUGGAUGCUGGCUGUUUAGGCGAAACCAUUAGAAGGGCCCGUAAUUUGGAUGCUCUGAGGGCCGCCGGUGCGUCGAGACCAGCUGACGUGAUGCCUUUGGUAUUAGCCUUGACAGAAGCGCCGUGUCUCCAGUUACUGGAUUUGUCCAGUCCUCGACUGGCUCUGGACGAUCAUCCCUCGAGACUAUUGUGCCACGCUCUGGCUAGAAACACGACUCUGAAGCUGCUCAGUUUAGAAGGAUGGACCUUUCGAAUAGAGGAAUCCGACAGUCUGGCAGUGUUCUCCGAGUUAUUGAGAUACACGAGCGUGCGUGAACUGAGCCUGUGCAACGCACGCUUGCAUUUAGCGGUGCAUGAGGGUCCUUUGGCGAGAUUAGGACGUCGCGACGAUGCCGGCGCCGAGCUUCUUCGAGCCGCACCACCUCCGGCCUGCCCUGCGAUCGUUUUCCUCAGACUAGCGGGAUUCCAGGUGACAGUGAACGAUCGUUUGGCGCUGCGUGGACCAUUGUUGCUACCGUUCCUGGCGGGUUUCACGUCACUGAGCGAGCUCGACCUGUCGCUGGACAAGUCGACGAUCGGCGGCAGCAGCGGCUCGUUGCUCUUCAUCGACGACAAGAUAUUGCAGCAAUUUUUCUGCUGCCUGGCGGCGCAUUUUCGCAGUCUGCAAUCGCUCCGGAUUAACUUUUGGCGGAUCACUCUGGAGGACAGCGACCGCACGAUGCGGCAGAUUGCCAAGUAUCUCAAGUUGUGCGGCCUGAGCUUUCUCAGGGCAAAUGGCCUGAUUGUCACCGACAGCGCCAAACGGGUACAAAUGGAGCACGUGUUCGUGCAGACGAUCCUCACGCAUCUGCAAAGCCUCACUUGGUUGUGCCUGGACGGCGUCGAGCUUACCGAGACGCAGGCCACCAGUAUCGGCAAGUGCGUGCGUGAUCGUUACCCCGGCACCGCUUUGGAAAUCAGUGCCAAAGACGUGCACGUGAAAUCGGUGAAGGCUCUGGUGACCGCGGCCGAGGAAGGUGGCAGAACGGAAGUAGUUUAUACCGGCGGUCCUAGUUGCCGCCUGAAGAUCACGAAGAUGCAGAAGGGUGGCCGGGGUAAGAAGAAAUGAAGAGAUCGCGAGUGAUAAUUUUAGAGGAAGUUACCCUGGAAUAAUUUGCCACGAGGCAAAAAAGAACGAAGAGUCGAUCGAACGAAAUGGUUUGAUCUCUUCGCGGAUGAGAUUAGAUUGUGGGACUAAAAGAAUCCAGAGAGAGAAGGAAAGAGCUAGAGAACAAGAAGAAGGAAUAAAGUCGAUAGAUCGUACUCCGAGGAAGAUGUAGAGAAUCAAACGAAAAAUUAAAGAGGUAAAACAGAGAUAUAAUAGAGAUAUAACACAGAUUUUCUAGAAAAGACAAAUAUAUCGGAUAUAUAUCGAGCGAGAAUCAACGUCGAUUUCAAUCGUGUGACGCACGGUGAAGAAGAGAUGAAAAUGCAAGGGGAUAUAAAAGAGGAAAUGCGGGUUAACUUUAUGGAUUUUUAUCUUACUGUGAUUUCGUUUCCUGCGCGUGCGUUUCGGGACGCGUUAAUCUAUAAUAUAGACUCUAUGGAUUGUAGCGAUUAUUAGCUCUCAAGGAUGAUUCAGCAUAACAACGGAAGGUAUUUUCGCUCAUCUAACGUUUUCAAGAAACUAAUGGUAUCAAAAAAGCACAAAGAAAUUUGUUAUGUAAAGUGAGUUUCUAACAAAAUGAAUAUCAUUGACCGUCGAUAUUGAAUCAUAUGAGUAAAAAUGAUGCCAAAUAGCAAGAGAGCAAAAAGAUUUGUUUGAAAAUAAAUAUUUCUUUUAAGCAAAAAACAAAAAAUAUUAGCUUGUAAGCACCAUUAUCAGAAUCGAUAUUAAUAAAUUAAUAAUAAAAGCAUGAUUGUUCUAAAAAUACUAGCUUGCAAGUAGCGCAUUAUUAUCAGAGUCGAUAUUAAUAAUCUCAUCUAAUAUAUGUCUUAUUUUUCAUUUACAUGUUUUCGCAUAUUUUCUACAAUCUCUUAUACGAAUAAAGUCUUUUCAGGCGGAGAAAUUAUAUUAUUUUCGAUCACAUAUUUGGAAAUAUUCGCUUUAAUGAAUAGGAGCAAAAUCACUUUUGCUUCAUAUUUUAUUUAUAUAAUUCAUCAUAGCUAUAAUCCAUAAUAACUAUAAUAAGUGGAUUUUUGUGAAUAAAUCUCAUUAUUAUUAUUAGAAUCCUAAAAAAGUUGAUUGGGAUUCUGUUGGAUGAACGAAAGUUCGAUGCCGUGUGUGUGAAAGAAUCUCCUUUUUAAUAUUUUUUAAAGAACGAGGGGAAACGGAAAUACUUAUCGCGAGGCGAGAAGAAUAUUUAAGCGGGAAAACAAGAGGCUGUUGCAAUUACAUAAAUAACGUUGUUGUUAGAUGGAGAUGUAAGAUACGAUUCAGAGUAAUAUAUUAUUUAGCGAUAUAGAUCACACGAUCGUCACACGAUAUUAUUAAAUGUUACGACCGACUGUCAUUUGUGAUCGGCGAAGAGAUGCGGUAGCUUUACCGAACGAGUGGCGUGUUGUUGGGGAUUUGAAGAAAUUUUAUAGAAUAAAUUUUAAACGCGCGGUAGAAUACACGAAACACACAUACACGUACGUGCGUAUUACGUAUAUAUUAUGCGUUUUUCCGCGCGAAAGGCGUAAAAGGAAAGAAAGUCGAACAUUCAUAAUUCUCUAAGAUAAGGAGUACACAGAUUGGCAGAAGAGGCACCGAUGCAAGCUAUUGUUGUAUAAAAUAAUUAAUUAUUGUAAUUAAGAUGACUGCCAAACGUAAUACUUGAAGAUCCGCAUUCUUCACGUGCUGCAUUUAGCGCUAAUGAUGUUAAUAUAUGUAUAUCGUUAUCUAAUAAAAAAAAGAUCGCUUCCGAUGUCAUCGUGAAUAGACGUCCGAUCAUCUUUAGCGCUAGAUGUGAACUACGAAUGCUUUGGUACCGUUUAUCAAUGUCGCGCAAACAUUUUAGAAAGUCGUUCCUGCGAUUGUGCUACGAAUCCAAUAAUAAAACGUAUCUUACAUGAGCUGGAGAACGAGUUAUGCGCGCAACGUGAUUUUGAUUAAUAUAUGAUCGAUCGUGAUCAAUUGCACCAACGAUAACUGCCAUUCAACUGGAACCACUAAUAAAAAUACAAGGAAGCAAUCGGCGAAACGCGAGGGAUCUUUGUUGAUUUUUGAGUUCCGCCUUAUAUAAAGCGCCGAUCGAAAAUCUGACAUCAGUUUUAACAAAUACGUAUAUAAUAUAUACUGUAAAAAAAUAAAUAUAUUAAAUGUCAUAAAAAUUUUAUUAUGGAUCGGAAUAUAUAUAUACUUGAGAAGUUAUAAAAAUAAUACACAAAAAUAUUUUUAAAUCUUAAUUUUAUUGGAGAAUUUGAUUAUAAUAAUCUUACUAAAAAAAUGUCUCGGUUUUGCUUUAAUUUCAGUUUUUCAUACGUCUUAACUUC